GAGGAACAAUUGAAGACAAAUUUUAAACUAAAGACUAAUUUUCUUAGCAACUUAACUUACUGGGAUAGCGAUAUUUUUCGAAGAACAGCUCGCAAGUAGCUUCAAAGAAGUAGAUUGGAGUCAGGAUCCACAAUAAUAGGAGAAGCAACCAAAGUAGUGGCAACCAUAGAAUGAAUAAAAUGAUUUUCCUCAUUUUUAAACAAUUUGGAACGAGUUUUACCGGAGAUAUCUAUUUUUAAAUGGGACAAAUUAUGUCAAUCGUGGUUUAAAGACAGCAUUUAAGAAUGAAGAAAAUGAGUCAAACAAAUCAACUUGUACCUAUUUGUGGGCUCAGAAAUAUCUAUUAAUUAAUUUUUGUUACCUUUCUAAUUUUGUUGAUUCUUGCCAUUCAUGGUACUCGUUUAUAGUAGGUAUAAAAAAACAUCUUUUCAUUUAGUAAAACAAGACGAAAAUUUCUUCAAGUGUAUCGUUCAGUGUUCUAAAGUUCACUCUACACAAGAUCAAGUAGGCUUUGUGUUCGCUCACUGAGAAAACAAUAGUGUCAAAAGUAAACUGACCGUUGCCUGCAGAAUAAGUUGUUUUGCGUUUUUAGAAGGAUGGACGUUAGAGCCAAACCAGUCCAAAAACUUUCGGUUUCCAACAUCCAUUCUGGAAUUGUUUGUGACAAAUGUGCCACUGAUCCCAUUGAAGGGUUCCGGUAUGCCUGCCUAGUUUGUGAGGGCUACGAUCUGUGCACCGAAUGCUACCAGAAGAAAAGCACCAGCGAAGAUCACCGGGCGUUUCAUCCGAUGUUGCCGAUCCUAGCGCCGGAUGAUCUGGCCAAAGCCUUGAAGAACCUGACCCCAAGCCAAGUCAAGAUCUUCAGCUGUCCGUACUGUGGCGAUGGGGAUUUCGCCAUUGGCAAGCUGGCCGCCCACUGUUUGGAGUAUCAUUCGUACAAGGGUGGCAAAGUUCGAUGUCCGAUUUGCGUUACGUUUUCGGUCCCGGACAAGAAGUGUUGGAUCGCUGAAGAUACUUUGCUGCUGCAUUUGUUGAUGAAUCACCAAAACAAAGAUGGAUAUGUUUUAGACCUGAACGGCAACGAAUGUUCUGUGUGCGUUGAACAAAUAUCCGCUGACGAAAGCAAACAGCUUGUUUGUGGUCACGUUUUCCACGGCAAUUGUAUAAACCGAUGGCUGCGGAACAAAAGCACCUGUCCCAUGUGUCGAAAGGAUGUAGGCAGCAACAGGAACCGGACGACGGAUUCGGAUUCGGAUGAUCUUCACGAAAUUGAAUUUUAACUGCUUAAUUUGUUAGUGAGCCUUCCAAUCGAUAAUCAAU